AUGCAUUCCGUUGCGCGUGGCACCAUCGUCAACGCGGUCAACGCGGAGGUAAACGUGGUCAACGCCGGCACGGGUCGCGUCAGAAUGGGUUCCAGCGCCGGCGGCGGCAGCGACGCGAGCAGCCUGGCGGAGUUCUUAUUCGGAGCAGCAGCAGCCGGCGGCGGCAGUAAUUCGUCCCCCCUUUUUCUGAGUUUGACGUCACAUGCCGCCAAUGUGACGUCAGAAGCAGUCCACUGUAUGGAAGCCAUGGCAGCGGCUAGUAUUGAAUCGGCUCAAACCUCACCUGCUACUGCUUCAGCUGCUGCUUCUGCGCUCAUAAAAUGGUCCCUUGAGCAUCAGGCCGCUACUACGGUUGCUGUAGACAGCAGCACGAGCCACGCUGGAUCGAUGCACCCACAGGCUGCGGCCGCUACAAGUUGCGCUCGGAGAACCGUCGUCGCCGCACCUGCCGCAGCAUACUCCCAUGCAGAGAGAAUUCUGAAUGUGCCGCGUGUGGUGGUCUUUAAUAGUCGCGAGAGGAACCCGGGGUUUCAUCCCUGCUGCGAGCCGCAACCUUCACAAGUUGAUCGUCCAAACCCUACAGGACAACACUUCGUUGCUGCCGCAGCCACUGCUGCUGCUGACGAAGGUGCUGGGAUGACCAACCCAGUCUCACACACCGUCGAUCUGACCGGCAAUUUUGGCGGGCAGCCACAGAAAACGUUCGGUGCAAUGCUGCCGCCAACCGCCACCCUGUCCACCACGGGCAGCGGCCUGUUCACCAGCUCUGCCGCCCAGCUCGCGCAUUCCUCCCCUGGGGAGGUACCCUCCGCUGCUGCUCAGAACCACCUGCUCCGCUCUGUGGCUCCUCCUGCGCCAAUGGGGAUUCUAACCAGCAUGGGGUGGAGCAGCAGCGCCCACUCCCCUCUGUCUCCCACCCCCACUCCCAUCCCCACUCCUGCUACGGACCCUGCUGCGGCUCCUAUGCCAGAGUCUGUCCUGCGUCCCAGGCACGGGUGGAGCAGCAGCAGCCUCUUUUCCACGGGCACGCAGGCGCGAGCGUCCCUUGGGAUCUCCGCCAGCUCUGCUGCUGCUGCUGCUGCUGCUGCUGCUGCUGCUGCCUCUGGAGAGGCAUAUGCGGCUGGAUUAGCUCAGCAGGGACGGGCGGCUUUGGGCCUGAUUGUACCAGGUGGGCCAGCCUGGGCGGCUGCUGAGGCGGCUGGGCCGGCUGCGGCUGGUGCGGCUUCUGGGGCGGCUAGGGCUGCUGGGGCUGCCCAAGCUUUGGGUGAAGAUGAAGCAUCGCCUGAGGAACUGGCGCCUGAUCGGGGCUGGAGGGCGCUGCCUGAAUGGGGGAUGAGUAGGACCAAGGGGAGGAGUGGGAGCAGUGCCGUGAGUGGUAUGAGUGGACGGAGCUGGAGGGGUGGGUGGAGUGGGAAAGUUGGGGUCAAGUCAGCACGGCGUGAACUCCCGGACCUUAACGACCCUGCGGAGGAGGCAGGUCCGGAGGGGGGGCUUAGGACAAGCUGGGUUGUGGAAAGAGGGGUUGGGGAGGGGGGGCUGGACCUGAAUGAGCCUGCUUUUGUUGGAGUGCAGCGUCGGCUUGACGUUGGUCAGCAGAGGUCGACAAUGCGCUCCCGCUCGUGGGCAGCAUUUCCUACUGCUGCUGCUACUGCUCAUCCUGCUGCUGCUGUUGCUGCUGCUGCCGCUGCGACUGCCGCUGCAACAGCUGCUGCAGCUGCUGCGGCUUCCACUGCUGCUGCUGCUGCUGCCGGCUCUGCAGUAGAUGGGGCUCGUUUUGACAGCAGGAAACGGUCCAAGACGUGGGGUGGGCGAGGCUACGACUCGCUCCUUCCUUCACCUCACACGCCGCCGUACUCCCUAAACGUUUUCGACUCCUUGGCCGGACCCAUGGAGUAUGCUGCUGCUGACGUGGCACUGCCAGCUCAGCAAGGCGGAAGCUUCAUCACGGAACCUUAUUCGGGGCAUGGCAUGGGAAGGAGGUGGAAUCGCCUGGCGCCUGUCAGUGGUGACGAGCUUAGCGCUCAGAUUGCAGCACUUGCUGCUGCCGACGCCAAUGCUGAUGCUGCAGCAGGGAUCACAGGAGACAUUGCAGCAGGCGUUGCAGCAGAUGAUUCCAUGACCAGGAUCCCAAAUAUCGCCGCGUUCCUCGCCGAGAUGGGUGCUGCUCACAAGAUCGCGGCUCACGGGGCGGCUGUCGCCAAGAAGGGCGGCCCGAGCGUUAUUUUCGAGAUCGCCGCUGGCCUUAGCCUCGGUGCCGUAGGCGGGUCGCUGUGGAAGAUGGUAACGCGCAUGACACCGGUUUUAAUGAGGAUCAUGUGGAACCGACUUACCCAUGUUGAGCUGGCAGACGCAUAUUGA